AUGGCAGCUCAAAGUGGAAUCGUAGCUAACGAAGAAUUACGAGCAAAGUUGGCGGAAGCUAAGCAAGGUUCAAUUCGAUUGAUUCACAUGCAAAUCGGAGAUGAACAAAUACAGCUUCGUAAGGUCAUUCCCAUCAACGGCGAUUGGAAAAGUGAUUUUGAUAAAUCAAUCCAACCCCUUCUCGAUCCCACCAAUGCUUCCUACAUUCUUUACCGUCUUGAUUCAAAAAACAAUCUUGGUUAUGAAUGGCUUCUCUUAACUUGGAUUCCCAAUGAAGCUCAUGUGAAACAGAAGACUCUUUAUGCUUCAACUCGAAAUACAUUCCGACGACUCUUUGGUGAGGGUUAUCUAGCAGAUGAUAUUCUCUGUCAUGAUAAGCACGAUAUUUCCUUAGCUGGAUAUGAAGUGCAUCUCGCGUGUAAGAAAGCCCCUGCUCCUUUGACUCACGCAGAAGCAAAAGCUCAAGAGGUGGCCUCAGAUCAGAUUGUCCAUGCGUCAAUUGAUGACGGCCAUAGUAGUAUGGGAGGUCUUGCCUUUGGACUUACUGCUUCAUCUAUUCGGUCAGUUAAGGACUUUGCCGAUGGAAAGAUCAGUUACCUUCAAUUCGUGAGUUCGGGAUUGUAG